CUGACAUUAGAUAAACAAAAAAUAGCCAAAAAUCUAUGUGCCGACGAAAUUGAAGAAUCAAGAGGAAAAAGCCACAUAAUGCUAUUAAAAAUCUUUUUACUUCUAUAUUUUUCUACAAUUGUUUUAACUGAAUCAAAUCCAGAGGAAAAACAAGGUGUUAUUUAUCCAAAUCGUUGUGAAGUAUGUAAAAUACUUGCUAUUGAAUUACAGGAUAGAUUAGCAGAAACUGGAAAAUCAAGUGAUGUUCUAGAAAUAGGAUAUUCAUUGGAUGAUGUAAAACCAAAGAAAAGAACUGAAUAUAGAACAAGUGAAUUAAGAUUAAUAGAAUCUCUUGAUAAUAUAUGUGAAAGAAUAUUAGAAUAUAACUUGCAUAAAGAAAGAGGUGAUAGUACAAGAUUUGCAAAAGGUAUGCCACAAACAUUCAAAGCUCUACAUGGUCUUGUUGAUAAAGGUGUUAAAGUUGAACUUGGAAUUCCAUAUGAAUUAUGGGAUAAACCACCAGUUGAAGUUGCCGAAUUAAGAAGACAAUGUGAAGUACUUUUAGAAGAUCACGAAGAAACAAUUGAAGAUUGGUAUUAUAAACAUCAAGACACUCAAUUAAUUGAUUAUUUGUGUGAACAACGUGUUUUAAAACCAGAUGAAAAGAAAUGUUUAAAAGAAGUUUUAGAUACCAAAGGCGAUAAAGGUAAAAUCGACGAUAAUUCACCGAAGAUUAAACAAAAAGAAGAUUUAUGAAAAAUAAAUUUUUUAAUACAAUAAAGUUCCAAUUUAGAUUUCAUUCCACUGACAUCCAUAUAACGUGUAUCAUAUAAUAAGCAUUUAUUUGUAGGUAAAUUUAAUUGUGAUAGAAUCAUGUAUACAUUUUAUUUGUA